UUCAUCUUCUAUCUUUUUCUUUUCUUUUUCUUCUCUUUUCUGCAGAUGGCCCGCGCCGCUUCUUCCCGCGCCGCUUCUUCCCGUGCCGCCAAGAGCCACGCAGCCGGCGUUUCGAUCGGGAGCCGCCGCUCAUCGCGCCGCCGCCAGACCACGACGAAGAUCCCCUCGGACGCGGCGACCAUGCCUCGCACGCAGACCAUACCAGCGGACUCGCCGGUCACAGCCCCUUCCGCGCGUUCCUCCUCACCUGUCACAACCCCUUCCGCGCGUUCCUCCUCGCCGGUCGCAGCCUCUCCAAUGCCGACACCGCCGCCGUCCACUUCAUCGCCAGAUGCAACCAUGCGCCGGCAUUCACAGAUGAAAGGUAAGGUUCCUAUCUAUGACUUAAUGAGUGAUGAUGAGGAAGAAUGGGAGGUAAAACCUGAAAUCCUGAGGCAACUCCAAGAACGAAAAAUGCAACCCAGAACCAUAAAAUUAAUCGUGGAAGCUUCGGAGGACAGCAGCGAGGACACAACCUCGAGUGCCAGUGAAGAAAUCCAGGCUGAUUCUCCUCCAAAGAAAAAGCAGAAAAAAAGGAUGCCCAGAAUAGCUGGUGGAAAGGCCAGAUAUCUACCUGCAGAGCAAGACCUUCAUGGCAAUUUUAGCUUUGUCGGCGAUGAUGAGGUCCUAUCAUUCCACCACGAUCGCGUUUAUUUCGGACAAAGGACCAAUCAGCUUCAGCCUCAGCCUCCCCAGCAGCAUCUCUAGAACCUAGUGAUCAAGCCCGCCUAGCCAGACUUGAGGCAAAAAUGCACCAUAUGGAUACCAAAUUGGAUCUCAUUCUCUCUCACUUGGGGUUGCCCAUACCCCAACCACCAGCAGCCUGAGUUCUAUGCGACUUACUCUUAAGGGAAGUUCUCUUUGAUUUACUUUUAUUUUAUUUUGUGCACUUUCCUGUUUAAUUGAAAUAGAAGUUUUUUUUGUGAUUGAUGAGAUUGAUUGAUGAUUGAUGAACAUUUUGAAAUUUUUGGGAAUUUUUAUUCUUUUUUCUGUCAUUUUUCUUUUGAGUUUUUGGUGUUUGAUUUUGUUUUUAUGAGUCUCAGCAGAUUCUCAGCACUUGCACUUUAAAUUGUUUCUCAUAUUUAAUUUUUACGAUUUUCAAUAUUAAGCAUCAUUUUAUUCAAAAAAAAAUAAAAAAAUAAAAAAUAAAUAAAAAAUAUUUUUUAUACAGCUCCUUACUUACCAUAAGAAAUUGAUAUGUCCUUUAUCGUAGAAUACAAGUUAUUAUGCCAUUUGUAUGCUAGCUUAAAUAGAAUAAAUUUAUCAUUGUUCAUUUUAUUAGUUUUAUUUUUAAGGCUUGUUUUGAAAUAUCAUGAAGUAUGGUCCUUAUUUAAAUAAUUUGGUAAAAAAUGCAUGUUCUUUUAAAUGAGUUGCUGCCCUUUAUUGAGAAUGAAUUAAAGGAUAUUUUCUAGACUAUAUAUUUAUGUGGAAAUUAAGGGGUGUCAUAAAAAAAAAUAAAAAAAAAAAAAAAAAGAAAAAAUAAAAAUAAAAAUAAAAAAUAAA